CAGCAAUUGUAAUCGAGAGCUAACAAAAAACACACGUAGUCCACAGUUCAUAAAAAUCGAAAAGCGAAAUUUUUUAAUUUCCCAAGAAAAUCAAAUAAAUAAAUACAGAAAUUAUUAUUUAAAAUGAGAUCACAAGCCUUGUCAUUAUGCUGCCUCCUGGCACUGUUAUCCUGCAUAGCUGCCACAACGGUGUCCAACAACGAGACGGAUUGUCCACAAAUUUGUCCAUCUGUCUACAAGCCGGUUUGUGGCUCCGAUGGCUUCAAUCUUAAGGAAUUCGCCAGCCUCUGCAACCUGAAGGCCAGUAACUGUCGCCGCGAGCGCAAUGCUCAAUCAGUCUUUGCCCAGACAGACAUGGCUUGGUGCAGCUCCGAGCAGGUUGAGAAUCUGCAUGAAAAACUGGGUAGCAUUAAGUUGGAUGUUGCUGACUGCCUGAAACCCUGUGGUAUGAUCUAUCAGCCCAUUUGUGUAAGCAAUGGCAAGUACCGUGGCCUCGUGUCCAAUGAAUGCGCCCUGGAAACCUUCAACUGCGCCCUGCAGGCCAACGGCGCCCAACCCGCUGAGCUGUUGCGCAUCCUGCGCGCCGAUACCUGUUAACUCUAGCCUGAAUACUGCCUAAUAAAUCUGAACAGCUCUUUCACUUACA